AUGGCAUCCGUAAAGAUUGCCAAUUUGGCAAUCAAGACACUGUCUAAGCCUAUUGCUGUCAGCUUGAAGCAUCAGGCAACAAGGCAUGAAUCGUUUCGAAAGGUGCGCAGCAUGAGCACGGGUCAUUUACACCAGUUUUGCAUUUCUAUUGCGCAAUGGAUGCACAGAAUGGAGAAUCGGCUAAAGAACAAUCUCGCAAUUGGCUCCGAUACGAUCAAGACCCGUCCUCUAAACGAUGCCAAGGCCAUUGCGAAUGGUGCGAAUCUCAUGUCCGAAGCCUUUCUCUUUUUUGUCGCUGUUUCGCUUAUUAUCGGCGAGUCGUACCGAAGCAGGCGGAGCGCGUCGAAUAAGCGCGAUGAAAUAAGAGAAGAGGUCAAUCAGCUCCGCCAAAAGGUGGAAGCAAUGUCUCAGGGUGGCAAUAAUGACGCGGUUCCUUUAAAGUUGGAGGAUACGCUUUUGCGCGACUACGGCUUGCCCACAAAUGGUCCACAUGUCGGCCCACCAGGUAUUGUCGAAAUGCUGAAAAGGAUCUAUGCUUUGGAGGAGUCGACUGUACUGCUAUGGAGCUUGGCGGAUGAUCAUGGCUGGCUUGAUAACGCCAAUGCAUCCAAGAGUUUGGAGUGGGCGCUCGGUGUGCGGCACGGAUCGCCGAGGCGAAUCCAAACGAGCACAAAGGAAGGGGAUGCUGAGCAAAAAGGCGAGGAGGGCGAGGAGCAUGCUCCAGACACCGAGUCACACAGUAAACUGUGGCGACAGUCGUCUCUUGCGGAAUUUUGUCUGCACCUUGCUGAGCGACGCUCGCCGGUACUCGCACCGCCUAUUGACACCAAGCAAACUACCGAAACAAGCCUUGUGUGGACUGCGCCAUCGGCAUGGCUUCAGCAGAUCUUUUCACGGACGAUCGAGCACGCCCAGCCGCUCUUCCAGCAAAUGUUCAUGUCCCCCUUUUCCUAG